GCAAGUGAUAAGCUAACGCGUUCUGGUGGCUGUAAGGAAAUUGCAGGUUCCUGUAGCCAUUGUGAUCCAGUACGCCCUGUGGCUGAAAACACUCCCAAGCCGAAAAGUUGUACGAGGCUCAUCUCGGGACGAAGUGAAUCGUGCCAGAUAUGAGUGAAGAGGAAGCCAGGUUACCUCAGAGUUUGAUGAGAGUCCUCCCUGACGACCCCUAUGAGCAGCUGGAUCUGGCAAGGAAGAUUGCCUCUAUGGCUCUUGCUACUAGAAUGUCGGAAUUAGAAAACCGCGUGGGUAGAAUUCGGGAAAAUCUUCACGAGAAAGACAAUUUGAUUGAGGACCUCGAGCGCAGAAUUACCGAUGCUGAUCAAGCCAUUCAAAGAGCAAACAUUCGCAUCCUCAAAACGACAGACGAUCAGAUAAGGCUAUCCAAGGAAAACGAAGUGCUGCAAGGGACCAUCACUAGAUUGAGGCAUGAUGUUUCCAAGAUGGAGUCUGUUCGAAAGUCAUUGGUCCAUACAUUGCAGCUGGAUAAUCCUCAUCUACUCGAUACCGCAGAUGAAAAAUCGUUUAGUCAAGAAAACAGGCUUAAAAAAGCCAUGUCUAUGGACAACUCCCCAAGAUCACCUCUUCAGGAACCUAUCAGAACCCAAAGCUACGACAGAGUGCAAGUGGAGGAUGAUAUGCAAUCUUCUAGCGUGGAAGAUGCCAGGAGGCGAAUGCUUCUUCUUAAAGCGCGCCCGGCUAGAAGGUCCAUGUCCGACUUUGCCAAGACUCGCGCUCUGUCAGUACCACGACAGUUUGAUCACGAAUCAGAUUCUCCACUAUCUCAAGAAGGAAUCGCACUAACACCACCGAUAAGUCCACCCAAAACAUCCCCACCCAAGAGUCGGUCGGCAACAGGGUCCCCCGUGAAACAUAAGAUUCCGGCACCGACACCGCCACAAAGACCGCGAUAUAGCGAGGCUGCUACAGCUCCUAGCUCUCCUCCUCGCUCCCCCUCGAUGAUGAAAGCCGAUGGAAAGGAGUUUUUUCGGCAAGCAAAGAGCCGCCUUCCUUACGACCAGUUCCGUGCGUUGCUAAACACUAUCAAAGAGCUCAAUUCCCACCUGCGGACGCGAGAGGAUGCCUUGAGAAAAGCGGACGAGAUAUUUGGAACAGAAAACAAGGAUUUGUAUGCGUUUCUCUGCCAGCACCUCCCUUCCUAAGCGAGGCAAUGCCGAGACAACGACGCUCCUCUUCUUUCUUCCAAGAUUGAUGAAGGACAAAACGCAAUGGAAGUCCUUGUCCGCAACAAC